AUGCCUCGUCAUCUAAUUAGUGACGCGCAUGAAUGGAUUAACGAGAUUCUCACUGUCCCUAUCUACUUAGACAGUCAUAGUUCGGUUGUCUCGGUGACCGAACACACUCGUUCGGAUACGGGUAGUCUAGAAACUCUGGAGGGUCCGUCUAACUCGCAGAAGAGACACGAACCCGAGUUGAGUCCCACUGAUAGGACUGAGAUUGAAACCAAAAAGACAAAAACAGAUGAAGAAUCUGAGGAGACUGUUGGUGAACUAAAUCACCUAGUCCACGCGGAAUUGGACAACCUAAAAACAAUUAUUGAAAGCGACAGCUUGAAUAAGCGAAUAACAGUCACUAUGCGUAAAGAACUUACGGGAUCUUACAACCGUAUCUGCUCGAUCGUAAGAGACAUUACGUACCAACACGCAAAGCUUGAAGGGGCUUAUAAAGAAACAGUAAAAAACAAAAGAGAAAGGCCAAAUAAGCCUAGCAGACCGCAAACAACCAUCACAAUUAACGAUGAUGAUGAUGAUGAUGAAACAUCCACACCGCGAGUAGACAAUGACAAAUCUUAUUCAAACGCAGUCCAACGUAACAAAUCGGUCGCUGUACCCGCCAGGGUUAGUGUUCACGAUGGAAGAGUUGGAAAAAAGAACUCUAAAACAAAACAAAGGUCAAAACGCCCAAUGACACCGGCGGCAGUCACAGAAAACCCAGCGCCACAAGUCCAACAAUCUACAACGGAAGGCACCUUCCAAGUAGUUGAAAGGACCAAAAAGCGAAAAGGUAAAAAGAAGACUAAUAUAGACCUGAAUACAAUCAGAAAACCACCAGCCUUGCCAAGGUUUAUCCUAAAGGACUCCGCGACAAGCGAAGACUAUCCUAAACUAUGGAAAAUGUUCUGGACAGUACUAAGGAAUAACAUUAAAAACCCAAGACUGGCGGUUCAUAAAAACCGCACAAAAGGUCCAACCAUACUAGUACCGGACAAUAAGGACACCUUAGAUGCCCUGAGAGAUAAUACCUUGGUCUUGGAAAUUAUUCCGAGAAAGCCACGGUUGACUCUUAAAGGCCUCGACAGCAGCCUUAAGGACGAGGAAGUAAUUCAGGAACUGCUAGAUUGCAAUCCGGAAUUGGGUCUAACCGAGACCGAUGCACAGGACAUCAGAGUGGCCUACCACUCUGGGCCAAGAUCAGGGACGGUUACCAACUUUGUCCUUGAGGUAAGUCCUGAAAUUCUUCGAAGAAUUGAAGGAAAGAAAGCGUAUAUCGGCGGCAUUCGAUGCACACUGAUUCUGAAUCAUUCAGUGUCACAGUGCUUCAAGUGCCAGAAAUACGGUCAUACGUCAAAGAAUUGUCGUGAAGAAGAAAUGACAUGUAGAAACUGUGCUGGCAGCCAUGACAGCCGAACAUGUCAGAUCAAAGAAUUUAAAUGUUGCAAUUGCAAGGGCGAACAUAAAGCAUCUAGCGACAGCUGUCCUACAAAGACAGCCGCUCUGAAGCGCCUGGCAAAGCGGACUGACUUCGGCCAACCGCUUGCGACAGGAACUACAGAUAAAGAACAAUAA